AUGUCAUGGUACCUAGUUUAUCUUACACCAAGAAUUUGUUUCACCGCACUGGCAUACGCCGAUGCCACCGCACUGGCAUACGCCGAUGCCACCGCACUUGCAUGCGCCGAUGCCACCGCACCGGCUUCCACCGCUGCUUGUCCCAAGCUAGUCGGAGAAGCCGAUAACACGAUGGCUACCGUGCAAGACGGAUUCUUGCCACACGCCUGGCAGCGGCAAAGAUGA